AUGACAAGUCAGAUAUUGGCCUUGGUCCCUGAUCUCUUCCUCGCCUGUCUCGAGGCAGCUCUGGACAUCAUCACAGGUUUCGGCUGGAUCAUCACAGCUGCACGGUUGACCUACAUGCUGACCAAGUUAGUCACGGGUUCUGACUGCGAAAGUCGUUUGAGUGCCCAGCCCGGCGACGGAUCAGCCAAGAUUCAGGCUAUGGACAGCUGCGCCAGCAGCAAGCACAAAUACUUGUAUUGCCACGAUCCUUUCGAGUCGAAGAACAAGCUCUUCACUCACCUGCGGAACUCCGACUGCUCGAUCCAAGCCGCCGCUGAUGGUUUGAAGAUUACCAAAAAGCAGGAACGAGUCGCUCUUAUCCUUGGGGUGGCCUGUGCCGACUGGCGGGCACCACUUUGGCGUGCCCUGGAUGCUGCGCGUGGGGAGGGGGUCGCAUCUUAUGCUGCCUCAGACGGGCCGCCCGGAGCUGCUUUUGCAUCAGAUCGGCACGGUUGUGAUCAGGACUUGCCAAAGGCCUGCGAUGUACUGAGCUUAACCACGGAAGUGGUGCCGGAGGAGGAGCGGCAGGCGUGGUGUGACAAGGCCAACGCAGCCCUGCCCGAGGAAAUGCGCAUAUUUGGCCGUUCUGGCCCAAUGCCUCCAGACUGGCAUGCUGAGAGGGGCAUCGUUCGAAGAUAUUUCGCGUGUCUCCUGCCGAUGCGGCUGCUUCUGGUCAACAGCGACGUGGAUUCUGAGGAUCCGGAAGUCGAGUCGGUGAAGGAUGGUCCAGAAAGCGGCUACAGCACAUUCCCGGCAAUCGCAGCGAGACAACAGCACGCAAAAAAGAGCCAUCAGGCUGGUUGGGGUGACAGCGCAGACGGUGAGAAUCUGUUGGGCAACUUCUUCCGCUUGAAGGAGAUCCUACGGAAGAUGCAAGGUGAGCAUCUUUUUCAUAACUUCUCGGAGCUGCCGCUCAAGCCCGGCGAUACCAUUGCCAGACGCUUCGUCUACAGAUGCCGGGCAAGCGUGGAUCCAGCAACUGGCGUAGCUGGCUUUCAUGCGUCUGCAGACAGCUUGGUGAGAGGCCAGCUCCGCGCAAUGUCUGGCUUGGCCGUUGCCUUGCAGCACGGUCUCUUGCCAGACAGAUAUUUGGACGACGCCUUCAGCGAGGAUCAGCUUCUUCCGGUUCCCCUGCUCCCGACAGGCACGGAAUUUCAGACAGAAUGUAUUUACAGAAAAGACUUUCACCACCUCCUUCAGCCGUUCUUCAAGUGCGAGGAAGCCGCAAAGUUCCGGAGGAAGGUCGAAGACAGGAUCGCAGAGACCGUUCUCAGUGGCGCCUUUGAGAAAUGGUUCCAGGACGAGUUGGUUCCCAGCACUGCUAAGUUGGCGCUACGUGGUCCACCUGGGCAGCCUUUGACUCUUCCGAGAGACGAAGCGCCCGCUGCGUACAGAGAAGUCCUUCGUUUACUGCGUGAAGCUGAAAAAAGUGGAAAGUGGCCACCCUGUUCAAAGGGCAGGGAAAAGGUCAUCAAAGACUCCACUCUAGCAGAACACGGAGGUGCCGGUGGUUCUUUCAGUGUUGGCUCAAUGCCAGAUGGUCUGGAUGCUCCGAACGGAAACCGCUUGUUCCCAGAAUUAGCGAGAUGCGCGUUCCAGCUGGAACGGGUUCUGCGUCCAGACCGCAGAAGCAGCACCAUCGCCAUCAACAAGCGAGCACAGUUCGUGCCACACCUCGACUCCGGUGCUGGUGCAGGACAGGGUAUCUCACUGAUCGUGGGUCUUGGUGACUACUCCGGUGGCGAGCUGGCUGUAGAGGGCAACACACAUGACAUCAGGUACAGGCCGCUCGAGUUCAAUGGGUGGACGCAAAGACAUUGGACACAGCCCUUUGUGGGAGAGCGCUUCUCCUUGGUGUGGUUCACACCUGCAGGCUGUGAGGCAAAACCUGGUCUGGAGCUGUUCGAGGCUCUUGCACGUAGUGAGAGCAUUCCUCUCGCUGUGCCGUCGUCGCUGUCCACGCCUUCCGCAUCAUGUUGCCUAGCUCCGUUGACUCGUCUUCACAAUGGUUUGGAGAUCCCACGCCUCGGCUUUGGGACUUGGCAGCUUCAGGCCGAGGACUCGUCCCUCUCUUGUGAGAAGGCCGUAUUCAUGGCCUUGGAAGCAGGCUACCGCUUGAUCGAUACUGCAUCCAUCUACAAGAACGAGACGGCUGUGGGUCAAGCCCUGCGAGAUUGGCCUGGAAGCUCAAGUGUCUUUGUGUGCUCAAAGUGUUCGCCAUACGAAAUGGGAUACCAGAGAGCAUGGGAUGCCUGCCACAAGUCUCUUGAGCGGCUGGGUCGAGACUGCUUGGACUUGUACCUCAUCCACUGGCCUGCGUUGCCCAAGAAGCCGCAUUCAUCUCCAGAGCACCGCCGUGCUCGAAUCGAGACUUGGAAAGCGCUGGAGGACCUCUACAGGCAGGGCAUCGUUCGAGCGAUUGGCGUGAGCAAUUUUACGGCCCAACAUUUGCAGCAGUUGGAGGAGGAUGGCGCACAAGUCAUGCCCAUGGUGAACCAAAUUGAAGUACAUCCUUUGUAUGUGCCGACGACCACCAUUCAAUUUUGUCGAUCAAACAACAUCGUGGUUGAGGCAUAUGCCCCCCUCGGUGGUGGCCCUUCGAGCAACGUUGGUAAAUCCACUGGUGGUGAAGUGGACGGCACAAAGCUUCUUCUGGGCCACCCCGAAAUUGCCAAGAUCGCCAGCGAAACCUGCCGAACUCCUGCUCAAGUCGUCCUGCGCUGGGCCUUGCAGCAGGACUUGCUUGUGAUUCCUCGCAGUAGCAACGCGGCGCGGAUCCGGGAGAACGCGGCCCUGUUUGACUUCGAGUUGUCUGAAGAUCAGCUUCGCCGAAUGGAAGCUUUGGCCGUCGUUGGUGGACAGAAGUUUUGCUGGCAAGCUUUGGCGCAGCGGCAAACUGAAGCCGAGUUCCGGGCCGACAGCCAGGAUCUGCUGGCGCAAGCUUUGCAGUCUCCGAACUCGUGCACGCCGUGGUCUGUCACGCUUUUUGCGGAGCCACCGGACGACGAGACGCUGAAGGUUCUGCUGGCUCGCGAGAUGGAGCAGGGUGCUCCGGGUAUUUUCACGCGAAAGAUCCGGACCCACCUCUCUCUUUUCGGUGUGACCAGCGGUUGGUCCGUCCUCAAAAAGGAAGCCCGCCUGGUCGUGGCAAGGUCGACCUUCAUGAUCGAAUGGCCGCGGAAAGAGGGCGAGAAGCAUGCAGAGACUGUAAGGUUCAGCACAAGCUGCGAGGACUUCAUUCCCAUCGGUGGAAAGGAUUCCCGCGACACCAAGGGCCUCCGUGCGAAGUUGGCCAAGGCGGUUCCACUGGGAAUUCGCUUCAAGUUUGGCGGAAGUAAACUCAAGAAGAGGAGCUUCGAGAUGACGACCGAAGAUGAAAGCAUGUGCUUUCUGGCGAAUGCAAUGUGCCGAGCCGCCUGCUAUCGGCCAGAGGCUUGCGACGACUACCUUGACCCCGAGGGGGUGGUGGACUUGCAAGGGAAGGCGGCCCAGAAUGCCAAGAACCUGUUGAAGCUUUGCGCGCCGGUUAGCGGCCUCGCUCGGGCAACCGGGGUGAAGCCAAGCAACUUCAGCUCAGAGCACAGCCUGGGUCCUGUGGCAUUACGGCCUUUUGCCCCUGGGCUGCUGAUACCAUCGCCGGUCUGUGAAUCUAUGUUUUCAAUCGGUUCGCUCAGAGAAGUUGAAGGGCGUCGUUCGCUGUUGUAG